AUGGAUUUAUGUUUCCGGAUAACGGGGAGGAUGAUGGAGAGUGAUCAGGACUAUUUAGUUUGGAAACUUUUGUCGAUUAACAACAACAACAUACCCAGUGUAAUUCCACAUAGUGGGGUCUGGCGCAGUGCAUGUUUUCCAUUUAUAAAAGUUAUCUUAUCUGUGGAGGUGAUUCUAUUUCAUAUUGCAUUGCUAGAUAAUUUUCAAUUUUUAUUGAAUGCAGGACUACUUUCAAUAGAUUCUGAAGAUGCCUUUGAUUCAUCUUCUGACAUCCUAGCCUAUCCGUGGACAAUCAACACAAAGUAUUAUAAUGCUGAUGUUUCUAUUUGGAUGGCCCAUCUUCAUGAGGACUUCUCCAUUGGAGCUUUGCCAGCAUUUGACCACCUUAUUGCAUUGGUGUUGGUCUUCGAUAUUAGUGAUGUAAGCCUGACCUUUAUCUUUCCUCUUCGUUUCAUUUCCUACUUUACCAAAGCUUCUCUGAAGGGUGAUCCACGAGAUUAUAGACUCUACUUCCANUAG